CACCCCGAACAGUUUCCAUAGAGGAGUUGCUGCGUUUCCACACCGGCGGCGGAACACACACCAGAUCCACCACGGGCCGCCAAUUGCCGAUCCGCAGCCCCGACGAUGGUACCCUGGAGUCCUCCCCAGGCAACAACCAGCAACGGGCCGAACCAAAAGAAGAACAUUCGUGCCGGGAGAUGUUUGCCAUCGGUUGCCACUAGCAGCAGUGUAAACAUCGGCAUCGGCCACGACCAAAAGAACGGCAAGCACAACGGCAACCACAAGCAAAACCACCAUCCGAACUACCACAGCGGAAGCAUGGGCUCGAACCACGGACCCGGUCCGUUCCGCCCGGCCCACAACCGCCCUCUCGCGGGAGGCCUCCACGCCGGCGGCCUCCCACCGCCCCCCGCCGAAGACCCGGACGAGGACCGGUGCGCCCACUGCCACUCGGCAACGAUAAUCACCGAUUGGAAGCAGGGAGAUCGGGUCUGCACCACCUGCGGGAUCGUCGCGGAGGAAAAACUGAUGGACGACCGGCCGGAGUGGAAGAACUUUAGCGAGGCCGAGGACCUCGUCCGGGGACUUCCCUCGGGCGCCAGGAGCGGACUCGUUCCGGUAGACGAGACCCGCUACGUCGGCGGCCUGCAGCCCACGGUGCUGUCCAGGGACGCCUUUGGGGCCAACACGGGCGGAUUCAAGAUGGCGAGGAUCCGGAGGCAGCUCAAGACGACCGGCAGGAGGGUCGACCACUGCAUGGAAAAGGCCCACAAGCGGGCGCUCCAGGACGCGAGGCUGGAGCGGAGGGUCCGCCUCAAGCGGGAAAAGGAGCGCAAGGCUUCCGGGGGGGCCCGUGGAGAAGAGGCCGACGACGCAGGCUGCGAAAUCCACCGGGAGGCCCGGCCCGAGUUCGACCUGGUGGUCCUGCAGGAAGAGGAGGACAUGAACCGGCUGCAGGCGGCAAUCUACGCGGACAAGUGGUCCCUCGACCGGGCCGUCUUUCUGUGGGGCGACUCCGAGGACCAGGGGCACCGGGAAGCGGCGAUGCGCGACCUGGAGGCGGGCGAGAGCCGCGAGGACCUGCUCUCCCGCAUGGACAAGGGUCUGAGAGAGGCCUCGAAAGACCUGCACGCUUCCUACGCCAUGGUCAUGCAGGCCGCGAGGACGCUUGGCCUGCCGACCCGCGUCGCGGACGAGUCCGUCCACCGCCUGGUCCGGUACGCCUCCCGGAGGGACGGCUUCCUCGUCAAGGGGGUAUCGAGCCGCCUCCCCAAGGCUACGGGGAAGGAGGACAAGGAGGAGCGAAAGCUCGCCGCGGCGAGGCUGAGGGAAUACAACAAGGCGAAACAGAUCAGCGCGCUGGGGGCCUCCGUGCUCUUUCUGACCGCCAGGAGCCUCGGGUGGACCCGGACCGUGCUGGAAAUAUGCGAUUGCUUCCGUCCGUCCCUGGAGCACUCGGGCGAACGGAUCUCCAUCAAGGCAAAGCACUGCUUCCGCGCCAUGAACGAGAUCAAGACGUACUUCCCCGAGUACACGCGCAAGCCGGUAGCGCCCUCCGACGAAGACCCCCGGUCCGCGGGAGGCGGCGGCGAAGGCGCAAGCGAGACCGCCUCGGUCUCGAACUUUGCCGACCACUUCGUACGGAACCUCCAGCUCCCGCCGGUGGCGGAGGCCUCCGUACGUGCCCUGCUAGUGCACUGCCGGCACGAACAGGUGCAGCUCGGCCGCAACAGCGGCGUCAAGCUGGCGACGCUGUGCGCGUCGGUGGUCUACUUUGUGUGCACGGCGGGGGGGACCAUGCAGAGGAUAGCGCAGCAACAAGUCCGCGAGAACGCGGCCGGCGUUUCCAACCCGGGGCCGCCGUCCGCCUCCACAACGGAACCACCGGGCUCUGCGAAAAAGGACGCCACACGCGUCCAGCGCGAGCCUUCCGCGGCAAGGGUGAAGCCCGAAAAAGCCGAUGGCUCGAACGCACGGACCGAUCCGGGAACCACAACCACCGCGCCGGCAAGAGAUUCCGCCACAAGCAGCAACAGCGACAGCGACGAGGACAGCACGGCCGACAACAACAGCAGCAACAAUAACAACAACAACAACAACAACAGCAACAACGACGACGAUGACGAUGACGACCAGCCGUUCGACGUCUUUACCCACGCCCCCAUCCCCGUGGAGGACCACCGGGCCGAAACGCUGGAGUACGAGAUGAGGCGUAUGUGGGACGCUUGGGCGGAACAAAUGCCGUGGUCUCGCUCGCUGCUCGAAAUCGAGCAGGCCUGCGGCGUCACGGCCGGUGCCGUUCGGAACCUGUACAAAUCGGAUCUAUACCCCCGGAGGGGAUCGCUCCUGGAGGUGCUGAACGCCGCCGUCCUCAAGCCCCCAGAGACCGAUUCGUCGACGGCGGCUGCGGCGUCGUUCGCCCAUGGUUCGGACGCGUCCCUCCACCAAACACCGAUGGCGUCUAUUUUGCUGGCACACAUAUCGACAGCGGGGGCGUUGAUGAGCAACAAGUGAAUGGGCGGGGCUUUCGGAGCAGACUUUUCAGAAGCAGUUCGUGAUAGAGAUUGAAAUAUAAAUUGUACCAUACG